AUGUCGUGCUGGCGUUGGAACGGGGUCCUAACCGGCCUCGUUCUCCUGUCCCUUCAUGUCCUCGCAUAUACGCCUCUCUCCAAUGACACCCUUCUAAAUCUGCUCCCUCAACCGCAACCUGCCGACUUCGACAUCAAGACCGGGGCUCUGCUGGCUCCGAUACUGAUACCUCGAGUUCCAGGCACCCCAGGAUCUCAGAUCGCUCGACAGCACCUGGUCGAUUUCUUCCAGCACUCACUACCAUCGUGGUCGGUGACAUUCCAGAACUCGACAUCCAAGACUCCCACGCACGGGAACACCGAAGUGCCUUUCGUGAAUGUGAUCGCUACUCGUGAUCCGCCAUGGCUGCAACCAGGAAACGUCGGUCGACUGACGCUUGUGGCGCACUACGAUUCGAAAUAUAAGCCGGACGGAUUCAUUGGGGCGACGGACUCUGCGGCGCCCUGCGCCAUGAUCAUGCAUGCUAUGAGAUCCAUCGAUGCGGCUCUGACCAAGAAGUGGGAGAGUCUUCAGUCCGCGGGGGAUCUUGAUCUGGACUUUGAAGAGUACAAGGGCAUCCAGGUCUUGUUCCUGGACGGAGAGGAGGCUUUCCAGAGUUGGACAGCCACCGACAGUAUUUACGGGGCCAGGUCGCUCGCUGAAGAAUGGGAGCAUACCAUGAACCCGGCCACGAGCAUCUACAAGAACAAACUGGAUUCAAUCGAUCUGUUUGUCCUGCUCGAUCUGCUCGGCUCGCCAGAGGACCUCCCCAUCCCCUCGUGGCAGCACACUUCCCACUGGUCGUAUGUGAAGAUGGCCGAGGCCGAACAACGACUCCGAAAGUUGGAGCUGUUCAAAAGCACCCCUUCUCGCACCUGGUUGCCGGACAAGGACAAGAAGGAGACGGAUAUCUUCAGCAGCUAUGUCAUGCAAGACGACCAUCUUCCGUUCAUUGCUCGAGGAGUUCACGUGCUGCAUCUCAUUCCGUCUCGGUUCCCUUCGGUUUGGCACACCAUGAAAGAUGAUGGUGAACAUCUCGAUGUCCCCACCGUGGAGGAUUGGGCACUGCUUACCACUGUCUUCGCCGCCGAAUACAUGGAGCUGGAAGGAUUCUUCGAGCCUCCACCGGCCACCCAGAAGAUCAAAAGACAUGCCGAAGAAGUCAUCAGCAGAACGGAGUUAUGA